AUGGCAGCUGCCUCUUCGAAGGGCCUCUGGCGGGAGACUGCUGCCCCUCGGGGCGCGGGUGUGCCUGCUCGGGGGACUUCCGGGCCCUCCUCCUCGCGUCCGUCUGCUGCUUUACGCGCGGGCGGUGUGGGGGCAACGGGUAAGGGUAGAGCCUCCCGCAGGGUUCGGGUCCGAUCUGCGGCUGUCGCAUUGAUGGUGUCCGGAGAGGGUCUGAGCAUUGCGGAGGCAAUAAUAAGGGCUCGGGAGCGGAAAGAGCUGGAUCCUCUUGGGAUCAAUUCUAUUCGUCCGAAGAGAUCUGUGACAGGUGGACUACUUCUCGAGAUUCCAGGUGCGGCCAGCGGUAUCGCUGCAGACAGGCUGUAUGAGAAGAUGUCGGAGGUGUUUCGUGAUGAAGACCGGGUCACCGUUACUCGACCGAGGAAGAUGAUAGAGCUCAGGAUCUUGGGCUUUGACGAAUCCGUUUCGGCCGCAGAGGUCAGGACUGCUGUUGCUCUCGAGGGACCUUGUCCCUCGGAUCAGGUGAGGAUGGGAAGUAUUAGCUUCGCGCGCAGGGGGCUAGGAUUCAUGUGGGUUCGGUAUCUCGCUGAGGUAGGUGGAGCGAUCGCAAAAGUCGGUCAUUUGAAACUCGGUUGGACCAGAGCGAUGGUUGAGGUACUGAAGGGUGCUCCCCUUCGGUGCUUCAAGUGCCUCGUUCAAGGUCACGUGCAGUAG